CGCGGGCGGCCCGGAUUCAAUUCCCUCCGAGCCGAGGAAAGAUUAUUUAUUAAAUUAUAUUAAAAGUUUUACUUGCAUCGUGGUUUCAAAAAACCACAUAAUUUUAUAUGAAUUAUACUAUAGGGACUAUAGUUUUUGCUCUUGAGCUUUUGUUAUUUCGGCGUGGCGACCUACGUGGCCGAGUGGUUUGUACGCCGUGUUUCAAGGUGUCGCCUACUCGAGAGGUCUCGGGUUCGAAUCCCGGUGAGGGCAGAUGUUUGUGUGAUGAAUACGAGCAUUUGUACACAAGUCAUGGAUGUAUAUAUAUAUGUAUGUAUUUACCUAUGUACAUAAGGAAAUUUAUUGUCACACAUAAAAACUUUUCUUUUGGAAUGCUUACCGCAAAAAAGUUUAUUGAAUUCGAAUUUCGAAUUGUUCAUGAAAAUAAAAAUGCCUGUGUUCAAAAUCACGGAGGCCAUUUUGAAUAAACUUUAUUGUCAUAAGAAUCUAUGUUUUGUUAAGUUUAUUUUGGUGUAUAAAUGGUUACAUAAUGAAUAAACUUGUUUCAAUUAUUUGAUAUUAAACAUGUGACAGAAUUUAUGACCUGACUAGAUAUACUUAUAUAUGUACAGUAUAUGUAUUCUAUCCGUUACCCUAGUAUCCCAUAACACAAGCCUUUACAGUGCUUACUUUGGGGCUAGGCUAA